AUGAAAAAUUUCGUUUAUCUAGAGCAGCAAACGCGAACAAAGAAGCUCGAUCUGGACCCUUUCUCGGUGCCGCCUAUUGAAGCCUCACCUCAUCCCAUCGUUGCCCUCCCUCAUCCUCCCCCAGUCCUUGGCAUCUUCUUUCUCUCCUCCUCAGCCUGUCCCCAUUUUCCUGAGGCGAGAUUUCUGUUCCACUUUCAACCCAAGAAAGCGCAGACUGGUGAAGGGUUUUCUACGACUGGGGGUGACUCCUUAGAUUUCCGAGGGCUCUGGCCUGUGAAAGUGGCCUUGAGCUCGUUUUUUGCGUUUUCGACCUUUUCCCUUGCUGAGGGAUUCUCUGCAGCUGGCCCGCUUUCGUUUUCCUCACUACAGCCGCCAAGCUGUAUUCGCCACUUCUCCUUCGCUAUUAUAAUCGGAAAUACCAUCUACCCCGUAUAG